AUGGACAUUUCAAACCUGCCGCGGUUCAGUGUGCAUCCCAUCUGGUGCCUUGAUGGAGACCUGCUUCAGCUGAAAGAUCCGUUGCGACCGACGGAGGAUGUCAACGAUGCUGGCAGCGGCUGGAGGAGCGAUCGAGGCGGAAAGAAAGCAGGUCGCUCCCGUCACCGAAGCAAUCGGAGAGAGAAGUCUGAUAGAAGACGGCAUCGUCAGAGUCGCAGCCCCAGUCGUCGUCGCAGCCGUGAGCCCCAGUUGACGACUGGGGAGGCGCUGAUUUUUCUCCACGGCAGUGGCGACACCGGCCCUGGCGUGCAGGCCUGGCUGAAUCAUGUGAGCGACGGGGCCUUUGAGGCCGAGCUUAAACGAAAGGGCAUCGAACUGCACUUUCCCACAGCCCCCAGCGUGCCCUACAGUUUGAUCGGUGGAAUGCCUCAAAGUGUUUGGUUUGACCGUGUGGCCAUGGCCUAUGAUGCCCCGGAAGAUGUUGCGGGCCUAAAAAGGACUGUGGAGCUGGUCGACAGGGAAAUCGAUCGGCUCAUGGAAACUGGAACCGCUGUUUCCAAGAUCGGUGUGGCAGGGAUGUCCAUGGGAGGCUGUUUGGCCCUCCAUGUGGGCUAUGGCAUGGGUCGCCACGCAGGGAAGCUGGGGAUGGUUGCGAGCCUGAGCACCUUCCUGCCAAAGGAGAGCUGUCUAGACAGCUCAGCUACGAAGGGGGCGCCCCUCUUCAUGGCACAUGGUCGGGAAGAUCGUAUGAUUCUCCUACCAUGGGCACAAGCUACUCACAAGAGGUUGCUGGCGGCAGGUGUCGCCGCGGAGGAACUGCGGGUUUUUCCCGGGGUGCAACAUGAACUUUGUGAAGAGGAGGCAUCUGAAGAUAGAUCUCCACAGUUUAUUCGGGAAACGACCCGAAAAAUCUCGUGGGAGAUGUGGCAGUGCCUGGCGCCUGAAGAGCUUGGUGCCCGUGCCAAAGCCCUCUGCCAGUUUGUCAACCGAGUGCUUGGCCAACACAACAUCAAAGAAGCCACCAGCUGGACGGUUACUGUCACGGGAGGGCGUGAAAAUUUCAGUGACUGUCAUCUUCAAGCUUUGGCGCAGGCUCAGGCUCCUUUUGAGCUUCUUCGUUUGAGCGCCCAGGAGGAAGCCUUUCAUGAUUUGCGCUCAGUUCAGCUGGCUGCCCAAGAUGAGUGCAUUCCGGACCUCGCAGCUUUCUUAGGAAGCGGAUCGCAAACAGUGGGUUUCCCAUGUUCGCCAAUCAAAGUCUUCGCCAUACAAGAUGGCGGCUCCUCUACGUUGCCAAGUGUAGCGGCAUUGGAGAGGUACGCAGGUCUCAUUGGCCGUUUGGCCAAUGAGCGGUCUUGUGGGAUGAUCUUACUGGCAUCAGGCUUUGCUUGGGGACUUUCUACCACCAACGCAGAGGACAUGGUGGCUUCCUUCGACUAUGAGCAAGCUGGCGUCGUGGCAGGCGACGUCACUGAGGUGAAAAACAUGAGUCUCGGCUGCGGCACUGACAGGUGCGUGAAAACAACAAAGCAUCAUUCACAGGAAAAUGAUGGAAAAUGCCUGCCAAUUGCUCAGAUCUUAGUGUAUAGCUGGCUCACUCGCCUCACACUAUGGUCGACUAUGGUUACGUGGAACCACGUGGAACCCCUUAAAAUCGCAUCGUUUCAGGCCUGGGAAUUGAUGGCUGUUGCUACUUUCAAAGAUCUUUUGACUAACCAUGACUAG